AGACGGGGGUGUGCGGAACCGUAUGUACGACCUGAUCGUGAUCGGAGGCGGAAGCGGUGGCAUAGCGGCUGCUCGCGAGACUGCAAAAUUGGGCAAGCGGGUACUUCUCAUAGAAAAUGCGUACCUGGGCGGUACAUGUGUCAAUCUGGGCUGUGUGCCCAAAAAAAUCACGUACAACAUGACAAACAUAAUUGAGCACAUGCUGCUCGCACGCUCAUACGGCGUAUAUCCCAGCUAUGAGGUUGACUACGGGCUGUUCAAAGAGUGCAGGGACAGCGCCAUUCGUCGGUUGAACAUAAUCUAUGAAAGUAUGCUUGGCAGCAACAACGUGGAGGUUAUAAAUGGGUACGCACGUGUGAUUGCGGCUGGAAAGGUUGAGGUGAAUGGCAGGGUGCAUGAUGGCACGCAUAUUCUGCUGGCGAGCGGAUCAAAGCCAAAGACCUUGGAAAUUAAGGGAAAAGAGUUUGUGAAAUACAGCGAUGAUUUUUUUUAUCUGAAGAGCAUUCCCAAGAAAACGGUGAUAAUAGGCAGUGGCUACAUUUCACUUGAAAUUGCAUUUAUGCUGGCGUUGCUUGGAUCGGAGGUGUCCAUUAUUUUGCGCGGUAAGCGGUUUCUCUCGCAUUUUGACGAGUUGUUUGAUUCUGUGGUGAAGGAGCAGCUUGAAAAGCACCGUAUAAGGGCGUACUAUGAGGAGAGUGUGUUGGAGGUUUGUGAGGAGGAUAGAAGGAGCAACAAUGAGCAGAAGGAGACCGGCGAGGAUAAUCGUGGCUGUCAGGGAACAAGCACUGAGUGCGGGAACGGACAGAACAGAACUGAGCAGAAGGAAAACGAUGUGCCUCCCAAUGAGGCCUACAAAAACAAAAUCAAGCAGAUAAAAGUGGUCGACGUAUCUAAGGACAGGACCAACAACAAAGUGCGCUUCGGCAUACAUGGCGAAGAAAUCAACGUCAAAGACAAAGAAGAUGUCCUUGAAAUACACAAAGACGAGGUCCGGGUGGAAUUCGAGGAUGAGCGCCCACGCGACAGCACCUAUAAGGUGGUGCUGAACAACGCAGUCAUAAAUAACGCAGAUUUUGUGAUGUGUGCGAUUGGCCGAGACUGCGAUCUUUCGUACGUGCAGGUGCCCAUAAACACGCACAACAGCUACGCGGUGGUGAACGAAAAAUUUAUGACGAGCGUGGAAGGUGUGUAUGCCGUUGGCGAUCUCAUAGGACCAAAUCACAUGCUCACGCCGUUCGCAAUAUUCUGUGCUCGAAAACUCGUACGAUCCCUGUUCGAACACGAACCUAUUCCUGCUGAUGUGUACGAAUUCGUGCCAAGCGUGGUUUUCACACACCCGCCAUGUGCAAGCGUUGGCCUGAGCGAACAGGCAGCGGUUGCACGGUACGGCAGCGUAGAAGUGUACGAGACACGCUUCAACAAUCUGAUAUACGCACUGAGCGACAACAAAACAAGCACAGUCUUCAAAGCGAUCGUGCAUGGCGGUCGAGUGGUCGGUCUCCAUCUGUUCGGCAACGGUGUGGAUGAGAUCGUGCAAGGCUUUGCGGUGGGCAUGAAGAAGGGGCUGUCGUUGGAUGACCUGAGCAACUGCGUGUGUGUGCACCCCACGGCUGCCGAGGAGGUGGUCACCAUUGGUCGUGUCAGUCCGAGAAGAGCUGAUAAAUGAGAUCAUCGAGGCGUAAUUAAAUUGCUUGUCAGA